AUGGUGGGCCCUGGGGAGCCUGAAGUGUACAGACACCUCGUGCUGCAGCAGAAGCUGCAGCAGGAGCUGCAGCAGCAGGUGCUGCGGCAGGAGUUUCAACAGAAGCUGCAGCAAGCAGCAGCAGCAGCAAGGUGCAGCAGCAGCAGCAGCAGCAGCAGCAGCAGCAGCCUCAAGGAGCAGCCCCACUGGAGGCCCCUGCAGCGCGCGCCAACUCCCGCUAAGUCUACGGACCGCCGUGCAGGGAACAGAGAGCUGCAGCAAAGGCAGAGCUGCAGCAGAAGCAGAGCUGUAGCAGAAGCAGAACUGCAGCAGAAGCAGAACUGCAGCAGAAGCAGAACUGCAGCAGAAGCAAAGAUGCAGCGGGUGAUGCGGCUGGAUUUGUGGGGCUGGGAUCAGGCCCUAGGUUGCUGUGAUGGAAUCGGAUCUCAGGUUGUGGGGUUGGGAUCGGAUCCCAGGUUGUGGGGUUGGGAUCGGAUCCCACGUUGUGGGUUUGGGAUCGGAUCCCAGGUUGUGGGGUUGGGAUCGGAUCCCGUUUUUUGGAUCACGUUUUGUUCUCAAGAAUAUAUGCAGCCGUUGAGGAAAAAGUUUCGCAGCGUAAUGGGAACCUGGAGGCGGCGCAGCAGCAGCAGCCGACUCAGCAGCAAAGUGCAGACAACAACAGUGGGGGCAGUUAAAGCUAUAAGCAGCUCCACGGGAUCAACAGGAAACACCAGCAAGAAGUCUUCUCGUAACGACUUUGGGUGUGCUUAG